ACUGUGUCACUGCUAGCCAGUGAGACCUCUCUCUCUCUCUCUCUCUCUCUCAUUAUUUGCUCGUUUUCUUCCGCUCGUCGCGCCUUCGUCUUCUCACCGUCGCCUUCCUUGGAGGUCCUUCUCGGCUGGCACAUCUCGCUCUUGAUCUGCUCGGCGGCGACUCUAGAUGCUUGGUUGAGGUACUUGAAACUUCAAUUCUGGAGCUGCUCUUAAUUUGCAAUUAGCAACGCAGUGAAUAAAAUGAUCCAUCUCUUUGCUGUUGUUCCCCGUUGUUCACAGUAAUUAUUUGCCAACGGUCAGAGCUCUCAAGAUCUGUAGUCUUAAUCCUGAUGGGCUCUAGGUUUCCAUCACACCAGCUGAGCAAUGGCCUUUACGUUUCAGGCCGGCCCGAGCAACCUAAGGAGAAAUCUCCUACAAUUUUCUCCACAGCCAUGCCAUACACAGGGGGAGAUAUAAAAAAAUCUGGAGAACUUGGGAAGAUGUUUGAGCUCCAUGUUGAAAAGUCCAGAAAAUCUGGUCCUCUUAGUAAUGCUCCUUCAAGAAAUAGAUCAUUUGGAGGUGCUGCUUCCCACUCAGACCCAAUCAUGCCUAAUGCUUCAUGUCAGGGAAGCUACCCUAGUUCUCUGUCUUAUGCAGCUCAGAAUUCAGGUUCUUCACUAGUCACUGGUGGUUCUGGUAGACAAAAGUCGAAUUCUGGACCACUUAAACAUGGAGAUUCAGUGAAAAAAUCAUCUGGACCUCAAUCUGGAUCUGGCACCACCCAACCCUCUCGUCAAAAUUCUGGCUCUAUUCCUGUAGUACUCCCAACUACAGGUCUCAUCACUUCUGGCCCAAUUUCUUCUGGGCCACUUAACUCCUCUGGAGCACCCCGGAAAGUAUCAGGUCCACUGGAAUCAACUAAAUCAAUGAAGCUACAUAGUGCCUCCAUAGUCCACAAUCAAGCUGUCACUAAUCUCAGUCAGGAGAAUAAUUCUUUGUUCAAGGGAAGCUUGCCCAAACCCAUCCUUUGGUCUGUCAUUUUGCUGUUUGUGAUGGGUUUUAUUGCAGGUGGCUUCAUUCUUGGUGCUGUUCACAAUCCAGUUCUGCUUCUUGUUGUUGUAGCUAUAUUCGGUGUUGUUGUUGUGCUCUGCUUUUGGAACACUUGUUUUGGAAGAAGAGCUGUCUUGACAUUCAUUGCCCAGUACCCUGAUGCUGAUUUGAGAAAUGCAAAAGACGGGCAAUAUGUGAAGGUCUCUGGGGUUGUCACGUGUGGAAACUUUCCUCUCGAGACAUCCUAUCAUAAGCUCCCGAGAUGUGUGUACACAUCCACUGGCCUUUAUGAAUACAAGGGUUGGGACACAAAGAAUGACAAUUCUGAACAUCAUCAACCUUUUACUUGGGGAUUGAGGUCGAUGGAGAGGCAUGUGGUUGACUUUUACAUAUCAGACUUUCAAUCCGGUCUAAGAGCUCUCGUCAAAGCUGGUUAUGGUUCUCGAGUAACUCCAUACGUUGAUGAAUCUGUUGUUGUUGACAUCAACCCAAACAACAAGGACUUGUCUCCUGAAUUUCUUAGCUGGUUGCAACAGAGGAAUCUUUCUUGUGAUGAUCGUGUCAUGCGCCUGAAAGAAGGUUAUGUUAAAGAGGGCAGCACGGUAAGUAUAAUGGGGGUUGUCCGGAAGAAUGAAAAUGUUCUAAUGGUAGUUCCUCCUCCCGAGCCUUUUUCCACGGGGUGUCAAUGGGCCAAGUGCAUACUUCCAGCAAACCUUGAUGGAAUAAUAUUGAGAUGUGAAGACACCUCAAACAUCGAUGUCAUACCGGUUUAACGAAACACAAAUGCUGUCAAAUAUAUUCAUUAUUAUAAAUGGCAUCUCUAAAUAUGUUUGUUGGUUUGAAAUGAUUGUUAUCUUUCAUUUAGAGAGGUGCCUUGAUUCCUCGGUCUGUAUAGUGUUGUGUUCCCUCUUUUGUUCAUCAAAUGGGAAGCUUUUGUAAGAAGGAUGACUCAGAAUAUUGUGUUGUUUAAAGGAAUACUGUAUGUCGAAUAAUUAUCAUCUAGUGUUUUGAGUAGUUGGAUUGGUACCA